UCUAAGCGGCCGGCCCUAAAUUUUUCUCCUUACUUUCAAUUUGUUCCCCCUCUCUUUCCUCAGCGACCCCUACAUAAACCCUAGAUCGGCACCCUCACUCUCUCUCACUCUCCACCGCCUCUCCUUACCUCGCGCUUCAUCGAUCGGUCUGUAUUCAGAUUUUCGAGAAAGUGUAGAAAUCUACCCAUUGGUUCAGGAUGAGUCGGCCAAUGGAGGAAGAUGGUUCCAAGAAUGAGGAAGAGGAGUUCAAUACUGGACCACUUUCAGUUCUGAUGAUGAGUGUCAAAAAUAACACUCAGGUCCUCAUCAAUUGUCGUAAUAACAGGAAGCUUCUUGGCCGUGUGAGGGCUUUUGAUAGACAUUGCAACAUGGUCCUUGAGAAUGUUAAGGAGAUGUGGACCGAGGUCCCAAAAACUGGAAAGGGCAAGAAGAAAGCACAACCGGUUAACAAAGAUAGAUUCAUCAGCAAGAUGUUCCUCCGUGGUGAUUCUGUGAUUAUAGUUCUUAGGAAUCCUAAGUAAGAUGUACUACAGCAUUUGGAAUUCCAGGGAUUUGUAGAAAUGGUUUUUGUAUGAAUGGUAGAUUGUAAAUCCCCUAAAAGUUGCACAGAAGCAACUACAGCGUCAUCCAGUAUAGUCUGGAAAAAUUGCAGUACUAAUCACUUAUCUAGACUAAUGAAUGACAAGGAUAUGCUUGGACUUGCUGUUUUACCAGUAUUGUCACCUUUUAA